AUGUUUUAUGCUCAUUUAAUCUUAUCUAAGAAAGGCCCUUUGGCCAAGGUAUGGUUAGCUGCUCAUUGGGAUAAGAAGUUAACCAAAGCUCAAAUUUACGAAGCGGAUGUCAAAUCAUCUGUAGAUAGUAUUAAAUCACCUCAAGUCAAGAUGGCACUCAGAACAAGUGGUCAUCUCUUGCUAGGUGUAGUACGUAUCUAUUCACGCAAAGCCAAGUACUUAUUGACCGAUUGUAGCGAUGCAUUUGUCAAGAUUAAAAUGGCCUUUAGGCCAGGUGUUAACGUCGAUUUACCAAAGGAUAGUGAAGAAGCAGCUGCCAACGCUGUGACCUUACCUGAAGUUUUCCAUGAUUUCAACCUUUUAGAUGGCAAUCAAAGCUUCGAUUUAGAAAUACAAUUACCCAACAUUAAUCAAUCUCGUGCCGAGGAAAUCACCAUGAAAGAUGAUUUUGGUCAAGCUUCAGUAAUCUUUGCUGGUGAAGAUGGCUUUGGUGAAAUGCCUAUGGAUGAUGAACAAGAGAGAGAAAUUUUACGUCAUGCUGAAGAGGAAUCUUCAUUGUAUGACAAAAAUCAACCAGUCGGCGUAUUAGAUGAGAGCAGAAGCCUACAAAGUAAACAUUUACUAGAUGAUAAAUCAGUCGGCAAGGAUAGUGUUGGAUUAGACAAUGAAUUCUUGGAAGGUGAAGGCUUUGGUAUGGAUAUAGAAGCUGCUAAUUUGUUUGAUAAUGAUGAUAAUGCAUUCGGUGAUAUUGAUGAGAAACGACUAGAAGAAGAAGAAAAAGAUGCAUUAACUGGUAUUGCUGAUGAUACAACAUUGAUACGAAAUGAUCAGGACCAGUUCGUAUUGGAACCUUUGGAUAUGACACAACAAAAAAUUAAUAAUCGUAUUAGACGAAAAAGAAAGUUGAUCGUAGAUACUAAACUGAAGCUAUCAAAGAAAUUUUUUGAAGAUCAAUUAAAGGAUUCCUCAGAUAUUGUCCACAACUAUCCUAUUGAGCCUGCUACUAAGAAAGCACUACUUUGGAAAGGGACCCUUGAUAUAAAACGUCUAUUUCAAUCCCCCAUACAUGAAUGUUACGCCCUGAAUUUAUCCUUACAUCCCAGGAAUCACAUGGGAGAUGAUAGGGAGUUGUUACCAACUUUCUUUGAAAUUUGUAAGAAAAGUAACAAAAAGCAGGCUGCUGUCAAAUUUUAUACCCUGUUAUUACUAGCAAAGCAGAGUGUUGUAAAUGUUAAACAAUCAGAAAUUUACGGUGAUAUAGCUAUCAAUAAGCGAUAA